CUUGAGAUACUUUUAACUGGUGAUCAGUUAGUAAUCGAUCGAUCCAUUGUGCGGUUGUCUACCGUUGUCUCAAGAGUGUGCAAAUUUUCUUAAUAAUAUCUUCCGCUGCUGAGGUGCCGCGGAAUAUCUUUUUGCUUUUUUAUUGGAUUAAAUAUUUAGUGAACGUGCUUUUUAACGACAUCUAGGACGAAGGUUUAUAUUUCAUUGGAUUAGUCCUUCGAAUUAAUAAAAUGAUACGCUUAUCAUCGAAACAACUAUUGGCUCUGACCGUAGUAUUAUCAUCGUGCGCGCUAACAUUAGGUACGCCCUCAACCCGAUGUUAUGACUGUAGUACAGUUUACAAUCGUUUGGUCGGUGAUUACUACACGAAUACACCAACUUAUACAUAUCAAUCCCGUGUGGUUAACAGAGCUCCCGUGAUAACUUACCGGAGUGAUAUUGUUUCAGGCAGUCAAGGAUGUUUUGGAAAUCCUUGCGGAACGAACGCUGUUUGCCAGGAAGCAGCUGGCGGCCGUCCAGUGUGCUCCUGCCCACCAGGCCACAGUGGAAAUCCUUUAACUCAUUGUCACAGAGCCGAAUGUUUGGAUUCAAUCGAAUGUCGAUUUGACCAAGCUUGCAAGAAUGGACACUGUGUGAAUCCUUGCGUUGGAGCUUGUGGACCAAAUGCCAAUUGUGAGCCACGUAACCAUAUUGCUGUUUGCAGUUGCCCACGCGGCUAUGAAGGUGAUCCGUUCAACUCUUGCCGUCUAAGUGAUCCAGAGCAACAAUGCCAUCCAAGCCCCUGCGGUGUGAAUACAAAAUGUGAAGUUCUUAAUGGAGUUCCGACCUGUUCUUGUGUGACCGGAUUCAUUGGAAAUCCACUAACAGGAUGUCGACAUGAAUGCGAAAUCGAUCAAGAAUGUGGCCCACAGGAAAUGUGCCAAGGUUUCAAGUGCGUAGCAGCUUGCUCACAAUGUGGAAAGGGAGCAACUUGCAGUGGGGUAGCCAACCAUCGUGCUGUCUGUGAAUGCCCAAAGGGAUAUAUUGGCAGCCCACACACUGAAUGCCGUCCAGAAUGCUAUGGAGACGUUGACUGUCCAUCAAAUCGACCAGCAUGUUUCUAUGGUAUCUGCAAAAAUACUUGUGAAGGAGCCUGCGGUAUCGGUGCUGAUUGCCAUCUGAGAGGACUUACCCCAGUUUGCAGUUGCCCACGAGAUAUGACAGGAGAUCCAUUCAUUCGUUGCCGCCCCUUCACUGCCCAGGACUUGUGUGAACCAAACCCUUGUGGAACAAACGCCCAAUGUGUUCCAGGACACGAUAAUACCGGCAAGGAACGACCAGUAUGCACAUGCCUUCCAGGCUACACCGGAAACUCAUUAAGCCACUGCGUUCGAGGUGAAUGCCAAAGCGAUGCUGAGUGUCCAAGCAAUCGUGCCUGUAUCAACUACGAAUGCGUAAACCCAUGCAUUAAUAAAUGCGGUUCAGGAGCUACUUGUGAACCUAAAAACCAUGUUGCUGUUUGCCAAUGUCCUCAUGGAACAUCUGGAGAUGCUUUGCUUUCAUGUCGACAAUCGCGAACCUAUCCUGUUGCAAGAUAUCACUAAGUAAACUUGUUGUUUAAUAUCCAUGUCAGGAUGCCUAUGUGACGAGGAAAUAAUUAACUUGAUUGAAGGUGUUCAUGAGAUCUGCCAAUUUUUGUCUCCUAAUUGUAAUGAUUUUAAAUAUAACAAACGAGUAAUUUAUUAA